CUUUCGAAACAAGAGUAUGUUGCCUAGUCUGUAACCACAAGUCAACAUGGAUGCUCUGCUUCCGCUUUCGAUUUCAUAUCUCCUCCAAAUGGGUAAGAAUCUUGUCGUCUUGUAGAAAGUUGAACAACUUUUCCACUCCUGGUAAGGAAUGGAGGCUGUUUGGAUUUUUAUUUGGCUCACUAGUUUUCAACAACUGGUAGUCUGAGACGUUAGAUACCUUGCCCGUUUUCUGGCUCAUGAAUCCUUCUAAAGGACACUCAUGUGGCUUUGGUUAACAAUAACUACCAUUUAUCUACUAGUACUAGUAUAAUGGUGGUUUUUGUAUGAAAUCGUUUCCUUAUACUAACUUUUAAUCUUGUAGCCAUAAUAGCAAUUUCAUACAAUGACCAGAACUUCUGUAUUAGCCGAUGCCUUGAACGCCAUCAACAACGCCGAAAAGACCGGUAAGCGUCAAGUUUUGAUCAGACCAUCCUCCAAGGUCAUCAUCAAGUUUUUGACUGUCAUGCAAAGACACGGUUACAUCGGUGAAUUCGAAUACAUCGACGACCACAGAUCGGGAAAGAUUGUUGUGCAAUUGACCGGUAGAUUGAACAAGUGUGGUGUCAUUUCUCCAAGAUUCAACGUCAAGAUCAACGACAUCGAGAGAUGGACUGACAACUUGUUGCCAGCCAGACAGUUCGGUUUCGUCAUCUUGACUACCUCUGCCGGUAUCAUGGACCAUGAAGAAGCCAGAAGAAAGCAUGUUUCUGGUAAGAUCUUGGGUUUCGUAUACUAAAAGGGUAUAUUUGUGUAUAAUAAUAAAGGAG